UAGGAGGCCGCUGCAGUCAUGGAGGGCGGAGGAGGAGGAGCCGCUGCUGCCGCCGCCGCCAUCGCCGAGUGCUCCUGACUCCGGGCGAAAGGAAUCGCGUCCGCUUUGCCGUUCCGGAGGAUUUCCGCGCUUUUUAGUUCCACCUUCACUCCCUCCCUCCGAGAGAUGGACGGAGCCCGGUUGUAACGUGAAAGCCCCGAGGGUGGGCUUGGGGGAGGUUUGAGUGAAGGCCGGUUGCUGGGUGGUUAACCCUAUGAGGUCCAAGGUCUAAGGAGGUGAUGUCGCUGCCUCUCGUGUCGGUGUGAUGCUGCUGCAGAGAGACAGGAUGUUGAGCCAUCUCACAGCCUCGGGUUAAAUGGAAUCUGCAUUUGGAACCCUGAAGAUCCAGGCUGACUUAUGCAUUGCAUAGCAGCUAUUCCAAAAGGGACCACAGACAUGAGCGGGGGAGGUGAGCAGCCUGACAUAUUGUCAGUCAGUUUCCUAGUAAAGGAACGAUGGAAAGUGUUGAAAAAGAUUGGAGGUGGGGGCUUUGGAGAAAUCUAUGAAGCUAUAGACUUUCUGACCCAAGAAAAUGUUGCUCUUAAAGUGGAGUCAGCCCAACAACCAAAGCAGGUUCUCAAAAUGGAAGUUGCUGUUUUGAAGAAACUACAAGGGAAGGAUCAUGUUUGCAGAUUCAUUGGCUGUGGAAGAAAUGACCGUUUCAAUUAUGUUGUUAUGCAGCUACAGGGUCGAAACCUUGCUGAUCUACGUCGAAGCCAGUCUCGAGGUACCUUUAGCAUCAGCACUACUCUGCGACUGGGAAAACAGAUUCUUGAAGCAGUAGAAAGUAUUCACACUGUGGGCUUCCUUCACAGGGACAUCAAACCUUCAAACUUUGCGAUGGGCCGCUUUCCUAGCACCUGUAGAAAGUGUUUUAUGCUGGACUUUGGUUUGGCACGACAGUUCACAAAUUCCUGUGGUGAUGUUAGACCUCCUCGAGUAGUAGCAGGGUUCAGAGGCACAGUGCGUUAUGCAUCAAUCAAUGCACACAAAAACCGGGAAAUGGGCCGACACGAUGACCUUUGGUCCUUGUUUUACAUGUUGGUGGAGUUUGUGGUUGGGCAACUACCAUGGAGGAAGAUAAAGGACAAGGAACAAGUAGGUCUGAUAAAAGAAAAAUAUGAUCACCGCCUUAUGUUGAAGCAUCUCCCCCAAGAGUUUGCUUUAUUUCUGGAACAUGUUCUUUGUUUGGAUUAUUUCACAAAACCAGAUUACCAGUUGUUGAUGUCUGUAUUUGACAGCAGCAUUAAAGCACAUGGGGUUGUUGACAGCGACCCCUUUGAUUGGGAGAAAACUGGGACGGAUGGAUCUCUUACCAUGAUAACCACAUCUACCACUCCUCAGCUACAUACGCGGCAGACACCUGCUGCUCUUGGAAUUGCUAAUGCUUCACUGGUGCCAGGAGAUCUGAUGAAAGAAAAUACUGAUGAGGUACUGCAGGAUGAACAGCUUAGCGAUGGCGAGAAUGUUGUUCCAGGCAUCAUUAGUCCUGAAAGAAUGGCAGAAAUGCAAGAAGCCCAUAACCCUCAAGUUCCUUAUGUUGGGGAGAAGGAUGUUUGGGAAGAAAUGGACAUUAAUAGAAACAAAAUGAAGACGACUGGCUGUAAGGGUGUUACAGAAGAAGAAAACAGCCAUGGUGCUGGAAAUGGGCCUCCAAAUGGGCCAAGUCUGGGCUCCCCAGUGAAGGUGAGGUCUGAGACUUUGCAACCAGAUCGUGAUGUCCCUCUAUUAAGAAAGUUAAGAUCCAUACAUAGCUUUGAAUUUGAAAAACGUAUCGCUUUGGAACCAAAACCCAGCACUGAUAAAUUCUUGGAAGCCUGUUCCACCAAGGCUCAGGAUGACUUGGCCGCUACCCCGCCUCCAAAAGCCCCUGCUGCUGCUCGUACUGACAGAGUAUGGCACUUUGAUGAGGAGUACAUUCCUGACAGUUCAAAGCCCAUUUCUGUGGGAUCUCCUGAACAUGGUGAUGCUGUUGUUAGCAAUGGAUUUGUCGCGGUUAAUAUAAGCUCCUGCAGGCAGGAAGUUGACUCUAAGGAAUGGGUCAUUGUAGACAAAGACCGUGACCUCCAGGAUUUCAGGACUGAUGGAGGUCAGGGCCAGAAAUUGACCAGUCCAUCUGGACGAACAGAUGAUGAGGAGCCAGAUGUUCUAGCAGAAGAUCCUCUUCAAGAGGAAAAAUUAACAUUGGAAGCCAUUCUGAGUGAAAAGAUGGAGCGUUCACGAUCUCAAGAAGCAGCAAGAGAACAGCUGAACACAACUCAUUUGCCACAUCCCAACACUCCAAGGAUGCAGAGUCCCCUCCGAUCCCUCAGCCCUGUAGUAUUCCUAUCCUCUGAUUCGGAUCCUCUUCUCAGGAAGCAGUCAGAUUUGCACAGGAGCCAGUCAGCUGAGAGCAGUUAUUCACGCUCCCCUGGUCGCAGGCAGCUACCCUUCAUUCCAGGCCACACCAAGCUGCCUUCUAUCAUUCGCAUCACCAAAGCUCAGCUCCAACAGAUAACUGCACCCAAGUCUGCAGUCGCACUGACCCAUGCUACUGCUGGGGUUAUACAGCACGAUGAGCAUAAGGAGACUGACCAGCACAGAAUGGAACAUGCCACUGAUGAAGUACAAAAACUCACAUCUCCGGAAGAGAAAUCAAUGCCAGUUCUGGUACCGCAUGACACAUUGUGUAAUGGGACUUCCAAAGCAGAACUUAUACUGGAAUUAGAUAAAGGGACAACACAAGAGAGAGAGACUGUUGUGACUGGCACAGUAGAAAGCAGUAAUCAAGGGGAUGUACUUGCAAAAACUAGUGUCAGGUCUGACCACAACAGAAAUGACUCCCUCAAUUCAGCUCAAGAAGUCGAUAAAUGCGAAGAAGAUCAUGUAAUUUCUGGAGAUGUAGCAAGUCAACUUGAUGAAGAACAGUGCCCUUCAGGUAAAAAUGAAUCCAUAAGUGACCAAUUACAUCCAGGCAAUGGACACAGCUCAGUGGCACAACUAGAAACCUUGUCUUCUGUGCCAAACCAGGAAGAAAACAAAUUUCCUGGUCCUCAUUUGUCUAAUAUAACCCAGCCAGUAACAUCAGGUGAAGUGGUCUCUGACAGAGAAAAAGAUGCUUUAUCUACUGUGGAGUAUACAAAGCUUGUAAUGGAUGGACUACAAGAGAAACUGCACGAUGUAGAAGAAAAUGGCUUUUAUAAGUACAUUGAGGAUGAGGUGGGUGAGUUACAGUCGUCUUCAAAUAUUUCAUACGAAUGUGUAAAAGAAUUGCUUCACACCGUUGUUUCUGAGCAAGAAGACCACGCAAAUAGUGUGGCAAAUUAUGGGUCCGAGAAAGGUUACAUUUCUGAGAUGAUGCAGCAAAAGAUUCAAGAACAGAAUAAUCUUUCAGAGCCAAGUGAACUCAGAAAUGGAGAUCUGCUUCACAUCUUGACAGCUGGUGACAAUUCACUGCAUCCCAGGAAGGGUGAAGCCAAACCAUCUCCACUCCGGCAAAGUCGCAUACCAAUCCUUGCAUCAGAUGUAGAAGCAGGUUCUGAAUCAUCUGUUCCUGUCUCAGCUAAAGAGAAACUGCUUCAGAAGAAAGCUCAUCAAAUAGACCUGACCAGGCAAUUAACUGAAAAGCGACAACAUACCUUCAGAACAUCCCUUCUAGGUGAUCUGUCAUCCACUUCCGAGAGAUCCCUGGAGGAGAAAGUGUCUGUUCCAUCAAUGACUUUAUCUGAUGAUGGAACUCAUUCUGGACCUCCUCCAGUGAAAGCUGAAAUGGAACAACAAUUGGGCAAACAAUUUGAUGAAGACUGUCUAAGUAGUCUUCAAUCUCGGCGGAGCAAAAUCCCAAGACCUGUUUCAUUGACCAAUACUGAACAAAUCCCCACAUCAACCUCAUCCCAGUUUAUCCCAAGACCACCUCCUGGGAAGCCACCAACCAGACCAAGUGUGGAAGUCAGGUUACGCCGAUACAGAGUAGUUGGAAGUGGUAGCUCUGAUUCUGACCUGCUAACGCACCUGGCUCAAAUCUUACAAAAUGGAUCGCAAAAGACUAGGAGCUCCCCACAGUCCAAAAGUCCACAGUCACCCCGUAGCCCCAAAACUCCGCCAAAAAGCCCAGUGAUCCCCCGUCGAAGCCCUAGCGCAUCACCACGGAGCACAUCAUUGCCACGCACUGCCAGUUCCUCCCCUUCACGUGGACGCCCAUAUACAGACCAGAGGAGCUCUUCGCCACACUUUGCCAGGAGCCGCUCCCCUCCCAGUUACUCUGGGUCCUCGCCUUCCCGAAGAAGUUUCCUGCAGGACCACGGCUGUGGUAAACAGGGCAAAAAUAGCAUGAAGGGACCUGGCAGUCCUCAUCAUUUGUGUCAAAGCAAAUCCACAAAAGGAAAAUGCUCAGGCAGAGAUGGCAAAGUGUCCAGUAAACUCAGCAGAUAGUAACAAUUUGUGCAAGUAUCUCUUUCCCCUCCUUCACCUCCUUGUUGCAUGUUAUUUAGUCUUUACUAAAAGAAAAUCUGCUGUUGUCUCUCCUUUACUGGACAGUAGCUUAUAUGCCAUUUUGGAUCCAAGUGUUGGACAGGUGCUGCUUUGUAUAAACUAGGAAAGUUAUCAGUAAAACUAAAAUUGAUUGAUAGCACAGUACACUUACGGUCAUACGCUGUGCAAGAGUGCUGCUAGGUUUUAUUUUGGCUUCUGCUGCCUUGAGCUAUUUGAGUAGGAAAUACUAGUCUAGUACUUCCACCUUUUUCAAUGUAUACACCAUCCUCCAAAAUCUUAUGACUUGACUUGUUCUUGUGCCAUUUUAGAUCUUGAGGGAAACCUCAGAAGUUCAUAAAUAGAAGAAAGGCUGCUGUAGCAUUUUCGGACACCAAAAUUAAUAUAACAUUUUUGCCAUCUUUUUACACAUAUGUCAAUUGUGUUUUUUUUUAAUGUACAGUGUGUCUAGAUAAAUACAAUCUAAUUUAAUUAACUAAUUGAUUCAGAGUUCAGAGGGAGUAGUUGAACUCAAAAUAGUUGAAGGACUGGAGCACGUAUGUUUAUUGCAGAGAAUUGACAACUGAUACUGGUAGGUUAGUUUUCCUAGAUUUGCAUUGCCUUAUGGAAUCAGAAGGCAAAAUCUUUAAUUACCUCCUUUAAAAGGGUGUAAGAUGCUAAUACUUUGAAAACAGGCAUGAAAUGAGUGAGAGGUUGGAGGGGGAAUAAAGAAGCCUCAAUUGUUUUCUUCCACUCUUUCGCUAAAGUUUAAAUAAAAUCGUGACUUGGUCCAGUCCCAAUAAAAUACACUGACUUGGACUUCCCAAAGUUGGGACCCCAAGUGCGGCUGUGAGCUGAAAUAUUGAAACCGCGAUCUCUGAGGCAGCAAGUGGAACUCUGACGGAGUUAGGAUAGCUCUAUCUUGCUGUAAUCGACCCCACUCUCUCACAACAAUAUUCAAACCACAAAAUGAGGCCACAGGAAAAAGUUUGGGAAGAACUGCAAUACAUAGCAGUCCAUAGCUGUGGAUGUCUUUUCGUAAUAUUAAGGAAAGCUCUCCUUUAAAUGUUUACUAACUAUAAUCCUUGCAACCACUGUGAUAACAGACAUCAUCCAAAUAAGUAAUCACCAAAAGAAGAGAAAAAUCAAUGAGUAAUUGAUUUUCGAGUGAUAGCUCCUAAAGAAAAUAAAGAUUUAUAUUACUUCCUACACAUAUCGUUAUGUGUAAACUAUUACCGAUCAGCAUUUGAUUGCCAUGUGCCUGACUAAAAUAUUAAUGUAUUUUAUCUAUGUAUUAUUUUGCUGCCAAGGCAAGAAACUCUGAGUUAAGUAAGUGGGAGUUUCCUACAAGAUACAUUUGUCACUUGAAGCCUGAUUAUUAAAUGGAAAUCACAUCAGCUAUCACUUUUUUUCAAGCUUUCCUUGGGUGGGUAAAU